UGUUAGCAGUCUGCUUUGAUGGAAUUGAGUUGGGAUUUUUCCCAAACUUUCGUUGCAACAGGUUAUCAUUUAAUUCCCCUUUCCGUCCACCACUCGCCUCGAGUGCAUCCGGUAAGUGACUCAAUGUACCAGUCGCGACCAGCUAUCCUGGCGACUUGUUAAAGAUGAGUGAAGCAGAAACCACAGACGCCGCAAACCACGAAAAUGCGAAUAGGACUAGAUCAAGAUCUUAUCUGGAUGAUUCCAUGCCUAUCCGGCUGCUCCCGCUGCCGGUGCGUCAUCAGUUAUGUUCCCACUUGGACGCACUGGACGUGUGGCAAGUGAUGGCUAAGACUGCGAAAUUACACUCGCACCAAGUGGAGCAAAUAAAUAGUCAGAAACAGAGGGGGCGCUCGGCGUCAAACGAGUUUCUCAACAUCUGGGGUGGUCAGUACAAUCACACUGUCCAAACUUUGUUUGCUUUGUUCAAGAAAUUGAAACUCCACAAUGCCAUGCGAGUGAUUAAAGGCUACGUUAAUGAGGACCUACACAAAUACAUUCCACGGAGCGUACCCACCAUAAGCGAGCUGCGAGCUCCUCCCGAUUCCAGUGUGAGGCUAAACAAUGGCCCACCUUAUCCCUCAUCCUCGGGUGUAAGCAACUCCAACAAUAACCAAAGCACAACGUCACAGCAGGAUCCCAGCCUGGAGUCCCUAGGCAACAUUCACAUCAGCACUGUCCAAAGGGCAGCCGAGUCCCUGAUGAUGAUCGAUUACAAGGAGCUGGAAUCUGGCACCAACAGAUGGAGUCCGGAAAAUCGUCUGGGACAAGGAGGAUUCGGUGAGGUUUUUCGCGGGCAGUGGAAGCAGCUGGAUGUGGCCAUUAAGGUGAUGAACUACCGCAGCCUUGUCGACAAGUUCCAGGUAGAGCUGCAGCAGAGCUACAAUGAACUCAAGUAUCUCAACUCAAUCCGACACGACAAUGUAGUGGCUCUUUACGGCUACAGUAUCAAUGGGGAAAAGCCAUGCUUAGUAUACCAACUGAUGAAUGGUGGCUCGUUGGAAAAUCGCCUGCGAGCUCACAAAUCUGACCCGUCGCUCUCACCAUUGACCUGGCGGCAAAGGUUUAAUAUCUGUGAUGGCACAGCCAAGGGAAUCUUCUUCUUGCAUACGGUACGAGGCACGCCGCUUAUUCACGGAGAUAUUAAGCCCGCAAACAUCCUUUUGGAUCAGUGCCUGCAGCCGAAGAUUGGGGAUUUCGGUCUGGCUCGAGAGGGCCCUAAAUCCAUAAAUGAAAUGAUGAGGGUGGAGAAAGUUUUCGGUACUAAAGUCUACCUGCCGCCGGAGUUUCGCAACUUAAAGCAACUCAGCACCGGAGUGGAUGUGUACAGUUUCGGAAUAGUUUUACUGGAGGUAUUUACGGGCCGCCAAGUAACAAAUCGCGUUGAGCAGGAUCUUCUGCUCUACGUCAAGGAGCACUGGCGGCACAAUCGCACCGAACUUCUAGACAAGCAAGUUCCGAUGCCAUUUGGUGCGGAUUUGGACGUGUGCUUGUGUGCCAUUGAAACUGGACUUCCUUGCACUGCACUAGAUCCGCAGGAUCGGCCGUCAAUGAGUAUGGUUCUGGAUCGCUUUGAACCGCAUCGCAUUAAACCAAAACCGAUUUGAUUUCGAAUUUUAAUGACCAUAUUAAUGAUUGUGCCUUAAAACUUGUUAAUUAUCAAUUGUCAUUUUUUUUAAAACAUGAUACUGGUUAUAAUAUAUAUUUUUAUAUACUGUUUUAAUAA